GGGCAUGUCUCAGCGUUGUUGGCAUUUCAUUCAUGUUGGGCAUUGACCAUUCAUCUUUCAUGUUGGCAGUGCUUUCCACCUCAUCGUUUGCUUGUCUCUUCCUUUUUCCACAUUGAUUUCGUUCUCUUCAUACAACCUUCUAGCCGCAUCACAGCCAUGGAUAAUCAUGCCUCUUCACGCGCUGAUGAGUCGAAACUCAAAUCGUCCAAUGCAACCCCCAGACCUUUGACAAAGCCGUCCACACCCAGGCUGUCUACUUCCACAAGACCGUCAACAACUUCCUCUGCGGCCAGGGCAAAUGGUGGCAGUUCCCUGAGUAAACCUCCUGCUCGUCCAACAACUACCACUGUCAGAAAACCUGCAAGUACAACUACUUCUUCGAACCCUGCAACUGCAGCCCACCAGAAGAGACAGUCGGUCAGUUCCGUUGAUGAGAGACCGUCUGGUGAUGAGAAGGGCAAAGCUGGAAUAUCUGCCAGACCUAAGAGGAUGUCCUUGGCUUCAAACACAAGUGCAGACCGGACUGCGACCACCAAGACCGUUGCCGCAACCCCAGCAAGACGGACAACUCUCCAGCCAGCUACGUCCACCCGACCAAGUGCUGCCAGCCCAGUAGGCGCAAGAAAGGUACCUGCUACACCUAGCACCUCGCGUACCGCUACCAGCACCACCACACGACCGAGACCACUUGCAACCACUUCCUCGCGGAAUGUUGUCCCCAGCACCCUGGCCGAGAAAAAACGGCUGAGUACAAUCCCUGCCUCUCCUGCCGCCAAGACAGGUGCUGAGGAGCCCGAAGACAACAAGGAGAAUGUCGUCACAUCUGGAGCAAAGAGACCCGUCCGGCCCGCACUAGGAUCUAGAAAAUCGACCCGGUCGGUCAUGAUCGAGCAGCAAAUCCGUGACUUUGAGCUUGUCAACACCAUGCUCCAAGCUGCUAUGGCUUCGGAUGGUGCAGACGACCAAGAACAACAGUCUGUCAACGACGAGGCUGCGGCUACAAUCUCAAAGCUCAAGUCGGAUCUCAGCAAAGUCCGGGAAUUCGAACGGACACAUAGUCGCCUACCCACCAAUGCCGAGCUUGAAGAGCUUGCGUCCGCCACAGUGGACAGCGAAGGCAAGCAUCAACCCGAAGAACCUGCAGGCCAGGUUGAAGAUGCUCCUACUGUAGAGACUGGGUUGCAGAACGAAUUGGCGCAAAGCAAGGCUCAAGUCGACACAUUACAAGCAGAAUUGGUCGACCUGAAGAACAAACUGGACACGUUCAGCAAAAGCGCAGAGGAAGAAAGCCAACGCGUGCAGCAAGCAACCGAAGCAAUCAGAGUUGAGCAUGCCACCAAGAUCGAGGAGCUUACUACACUGCACGAAAGCAAGCUUCGCGAAUUGGACAGUGCACAUGAAACAAAGGUACAGGAAUUGACUAGCAGUCAAACGUCCCAGGCAGACGCACUCAAGCAACAGUUGUCUACCCAUAUAGCCGCUAAAGAAUCUGAGGCUGAUGAGCUGAGGUCCGAGCUCGAUCAACUUCGAAAGUCCAAUUCCGAGAAUGAGUCUGCAAUGGAGGCGGAGGUCGAGAAACUGAAAGUUGAACUCUCAGAUCUUCAGACCUCGGCCGCGAAGGACCAGUUCACAAAGGAUGCAGAAAUCGCAAAGCUCAAGCUUGAUCUCGAAGCCAAGAAAGUCGAACCAGACAGUGUAAGUGCAAGCGAAUUUGUGCCGUCGCCGAGUCAGUCGCCAAGUCAUGCUACGGAGCUCGAGGAUGCGCAGAAGAAGCUCGCAGCUGCCCAGUCUCGACAUCAGGCUGCAAAGGAGAACGCAAAGACAAAAAUCGCAAAGUUGCAGGAAGAAUUGGAGACCAAAACCGCUGCUCUUGAAGCACAGCACCAGGGCGAACUGAAGAUGUUCAAGGAGAAGCUGGAGCAAGCAGAGGCCGAGUCUGUGGACAAACAGAAACAAAUUGACCAACAACGAGAGGAACAUGCAAAGAUCAACGAGGAAAUGUCUCGCCAAGGCCAGGUUAUGCAGUCCCUGAAACAGCAACUUCUGGAUUUCCAACAAAGCAAGAAGGAAGAAAACGACGCUCAAACUGCGUUGAUCUCUGAAUUGCGAGACCAGAUUCAAGCUCUUCAGCAACAAAAGGCCGAUGAACUGGCAAAUGCUGAGAAGGCACACCUCGAGAAUAUCCGGGACAUCGAGAGUCAAUUAGGUGCAGCGAAAGAGCAGCUUGUGAAGGCUGAAGACUUGCACAAGACUAGACUCGAGGAGGCCUUGAAGAAGUCUGAAGACGGACUCAGUGCUGCCAAUACAGAGCUUCAGGAUGCAAAAGCCUCUCAUGCCAGCAAACUAGAAGCUAUGCAAGCUGAACUUCGAAACCUCAGCGACCAAGCCAACGUCAGACAAGACGACCACGAAAAAUCAGUUUCGGCCCUCCAAGCUCAAUUAGACGAGGCAAAGUUGGCUCUUACGGAAGCUAUCGAGAAACACCAGAAGCUUCUUCAAGACCACGAAACUCAAAGUAACACUGCCAAGGAAGAAUUAUCUCGCCUGAAGGCCAGCCAUAAUGAGCAACUUCACCAAGCACGCACUGAAGCGCUGUCAAAGCACGAAGAAGAUAUUGCUAGUUUGAAGGUCGCUCAUGCAAAUGAGGUGCAGCAGCUUGAAGAGAAGGUCCACUCUUCACAAAAGGAAAUGUCAUCUCUUAAGGAGACCCAUGCGGCUCGUAUUCAACAGCUUGAGGAGCAAACGAGAGCAUCGUUGUCGGACCUGGAAACCCUCGAAACCGGUCAUGUUGAAGAGCUCAACCGAGCCAAGGCUAAGGCUGCAGAACUGCAGCAAAAAGCACUUGCAGAAGCAGAGAAGACCCAUGUCGAGAGAGUUCGACAAUUGGAGCAGCAACUCAACGCUGUUGGGGCUGAGUUGUCGGGUGUGGAGUCUGGGCACGCCCAGGAACUCGCUGAGUUGGAAAGACAACGAGUUCUGGAUCAUGAAGUCGCCAUAAGUGCACUUAAAGAGUCUCAUACGAACAGUAUCAAGGAACUCGAGACGCAGCUGAGGUCCGCCCAGGAUGCAUUGGAGUCAGCACAAGCCGAGCAUAGUUUGCAACUCAAGAAAUUGGAAGAGGAGACCGAUUCCAAGCAUGCCAAGACGAUCGAGUCGUUGAAAGCCAGCCACGCCGAGCUCUUGAAUGAGGUUGAAUCCAAAGCCAAGGUUGGUCAAGAGCAAGCUAUCGAGGAGGUGCGUGCUUCUUUGGCUGAGGACAAGCGUCAGCUUGAAUCGCAGUCCAGAGCCCUCCAGUCCGACCUGGAGGGCACCAGAUUUCAGCUCCAAAGCUUGAAGGGGAUUCUCCAAUCAUUGGACGAAGAGAGCAGAUCGAAAGACCAAGAACACGCCGAAGCCCUUGAAAAGAUGGAUCAGGAGUUGUCCACGGCUGUUCAGAAGGUGGCAGAAAAGUCCACGCAAUUUAUGAAUCUGCAGAUGAGCCAUGACCAGGCUUUGACUGAGGCAAAGAGAACCCUGGAGAGGAACUCUCAACAAGAAUUGGCCAAUCUGCGUGCUGACCACGAAAAUGCGAUUGCGGCACUCCGAGACACACUGGAGGAAGAACACAAGCAGGCCACGGACAAGAUUCGGGAAGAGCAUGCCAGGUCGAUUGAGGCUGAUCAGGAGAGGAACAAGUUGCAACACGAGGAGUUGGAGAGCAGAAUGAAGGAGGCGCACGAUAGUCAAAUGGAUGAGAUCUUGAAGACCUUGGAAAGUCAGUGGAAGUCUCAAGUCGAGCAGCUGGAAGAGACAAAUGCGGCCGCUAGUUCCCGCCUCGCAGAAGCUACCGCGGACCAUGCGGAAGCUAUCAAGAGCCUGAAGUCGGAACAUGAAGCAGCUAUUGCGACUUUGCACGCAGAGUUGGAAGCUGCUCGUAAGGCUUCUGACCUCGCCAAGGACACCACUGAGCUUGAUGAACUUAAAGACCAGCUCACCCGAGCUCGUGAACAAGUCCUGCAUCUCGAGCAGAGUCACCAAGAGGCAAUGGCCGUUGCUGUUCAAGAGCGCGAGUCUGCCUUGGCGGCCAUGAAACAAGAGCUAGACACAGCAAAAGAGAUGGCCGAGCAACGACCGGAUCCUGCCCAGUUUGAGGAGUUGAACAGCAAGUAUAUUGAAGCGCAGCAAUCGCUCGACGAGCUGCGUGAAAAGCAUGAGCAGGCCAUUCGCGAGACUCAGGCACAAUAUGACGACAAGUUGGAGAAGCUCUUUACAGAACUGAAUGAAGUCAAGAAGGGCGCUGAAGACAUGCCAGACGCCGCAGAACUGGAAGAUGCCAAAGCAAAUCUCCAAGCGGCAACGAAGUCAAUUGCUUCCCUUCAGUCCGAACUAGAUGGGGCGAUGCUUGAGAUCGAGACACAACGAACCAUGGCAGAGAUCGCACAAAAAGAGCUCGGACAGUUGAAACAGGCUCAAAAGGAACGCGAAAUGGUUGCGCUACCUAGUCCCAAGCCUCGAGGAAAAAGCAGAAGUCCAAGAAGAAAAUCCAUGAAUCCAUUGUCGCCUGCAGGUCCGAAGAAAGGUCUUGAAUCUAGCAAAUGGGCUGCUCCUGAAAGUUCUGUAUCAGGAGAGGCACAGGUCUCUCCGACCCAAGGCGAAGAAUCUCCACGUGGUCCGAGAGGCGGAGACACGGAGAAUCAAGCCAUUGAUGCUGCUGUCGGUGCUGAGUCAGUCUUCUCUGAAUCGGCACAGACAGCAUCAACAGACGGAAAGCGUAACCUGGCCGGUCAAUUGGCCGGCAUUCAUGAGGAGAUUAAACAACUAGGCGAGCUCAGUGAGGACAUGUUCGAAGACCAUCAGAAGAUGGCGAGAACGUUGAACAAGGUUGACGAUAGCACGACGACCACAGUUGAUGUUCAGGAGGAAGGCGUGGAUGCGUGAUCGAUAUGACGAGGAGCCUUUGAUGGUGUUUCGAUGGGAUUGUUGUCUUGUCAGAUCAGGACAUGUAUCGUUGGGCAAGGUCUUGGAGGGGACAGGAACUACCAAGAUGAGGUCUCCUGUGGUGGGUUUUCGUUCGUCGGGGCUUUUUUGUUUAUGGCUUCUUCCACGUUUUCCUUGAGUCUAAUCUUUGCAUUCCAUUGGGUUUGACUCACCCUCACUUUUCCUCAGCGAGCAAGCGAUUGAGCGACAAAUUGCAGAGAACCAAUUGUGAUGUUUGUGGUCCUGGACUGGACGAAUGUCCAUAGUCCGAAGAGGUACACGGUGUUCCUUUCCGUUGCAGAGUUUCAUGGUGUUGAUAUACCCCCUUUCGUAUUGUUAUCGGACAGAUUUUCAAACAACGAGC